AUGGAUCCCCCCGCGACCGCCGACGCGGCCAGUUCUUCCUCGCUGCGGAAGCGGCUCUCGGUCAACACCUCGUCGUCCCCGAGCAGCGGCAGCGGCAGGGAGCGGGAGAGCAAGGCGCGGCAGGAGAUGAUGGAUGGGGACGACGCGGAGAUGGGGGCGGCGGAGCCGAUGAGCCCGGCGGGGCGGCUGUUCCGGGAGGCGCACUUCAACUGCUACAUCGUGGCGCUGCUGGGCCUCGGCGCGCCGGUGGACGUGGCGGCGGCGCGCGCCGGGCUGGAGGCCACGCUCGUCCGCCACCCCAGAUUCUCCAGCGUCCAGGUGUCGGACGAUGCCAGGAAGAACGGCAAGCCGCGGUGGGUGCGGACCAAGGUGAACCUUGACGACCACAUCAUCUUCCCUCACCUCGACCCCGCCGCCACCUCGUCGGACCCGGACAGGGCCGUGGAGGACUACGUGUCAUCCCUCUCCACGAUGCCAAUGGACCACUCCCGCCCGCUCUGGGAGUUCCACGUCCUCGACUUCCCCACCUCCGAGGCCGCCGCCGCCGUCGCCAUUCGCAUGCACCACUCCCUCGGCGACGGCGUCUCGCUCAUCUCCCUCCUCAUGGCCUGCACGCGCAGCGCCGCCGACCCCUCCAGGCUGCCUGCCCUGCCGCCGUCGAGCUCCGGCGCCGGCCGCCCGGCACUCUCGGCCGGAGUUCUCGCGCUCGCGGCGUUGGCCUGGUCGCUCGUCGUGCUCGCGUGGAACACGCUGGUGGACGUGAUGCGCUUCGUAGCGACGUCGUUGUUCCUGCGCGACACGCGCACGCCGUUCAUGGGGGCAGAGGGCGUCGAGUUCCGGCGCAAGCGCUUCCUCAACUGCACCCUCAGCCUCGACGACGUCAAGUUCGUCAAGAAUGCCAUGAAGUGUACUGUGAAUGAUGUGCUGAUUGGAGUGACCUCUGCAGCGUUGUCACGUUAUUAUUUCCGCAAGACCGCUUCUCCGGAUGGAACCAGCACCGACGACAGUAGAAAAGCACACAAGAGCAUCCGGCUUCGAUCGGCUAUGCUUGUCAACAUCAGGAAAACACCCGGCCUACAUACAUUAGCGGAGAUGAUGGAUUCUAGCAAGGACAACGAUGUGAAAUGGGGGAACCAAAUUGGUUACAUCGUGCUCCCGUUCCACAUAGCCAUGCACGACGACCCUCUCGAGUACAUCCGGCAGGGGAAGAAGACGGCCGACAGGAAGAAGAGAUCGUUAGAAGCUGUUUUCACCUAUUGGAGCGGAAAUCUAGUGGUCAAACUCCUCGGCAUUAAGGCAGCGGCAGCUCUCUGCUAUGGCAUGUUCACUAACACUACCAUGUCAUUCUCGAGCCUGGCUGGACCUGCGGAGAAGGUCGAGUUCUACGGCCACCCAAUCGUCUACAUUGCCACCAGUGUCUAUGGGCAUCCACAUGCUCUAACCGUACAUUUCCAAAGUUACAUGAACAUCAUGAAGCUUGUCCUCGCAGUGGACGACGAGCAAUUUCCGGACUCUCAUCAGGUAUUGGACGAUUUCGCCGAGUCCUUGAGGCUUGUCCGGCAGGCAGCUUCAGAAAAAUCGUAGAAAGAGCUAAACUUAGAGCUUAGGUAGAAUUUAGAACAUGAAGAAGACGGCUAAACCACACACACAUUGUUGUAACUGUUAUCUCGAUAAGGAGCGCUUGAUUACGAAAAGUUUUAAGCCUUACAUUCGGCCUAUGGAUAGUUAAG